UGCAAACGCCCCGCCCCGCCCAAGAGAGUCCCGCCACGUAGAGUGAGGGUCCCGGGAGCCGCGAGGAGCUCUGGCCUGGGAGAGUCGGGGGGAGGAUCGCUAGAUUCCAGGAUGCCGAGAAGGAAGAAGCAAGUCUCUGCUUCUUCCACCAGCCUCUCCAUGGAGAACUUAGUAUUCCGAGUGUCAGGGAGCAUCUCCGUGGGCUCCGUCAGGAAGCUGUUCAAAGCUACAACCAAAACGGGCAUUCCCUCCCUCCUCCCCCAUGUGGGAACAGAGCAGGAAAGAAAUGAAACUCGGAACCGUCUACCUUGACCAUGCAGGAGCCACAUUGUUCCCCCAGAGCCAGCUCACAAGCUUCACUCAUGAUCUCAUGGAAAAUGUUUAUGGUAAUCCUCACAGCCAGAACAUCAGCAGCAAGCUCACCCAUGACACUGUGGAACAGGUGCGCUACAGGGUUCUGGCUCACUUCCGCACCUGCCCAGAGGACUACAGUGUGGUGUUCACAGCUGGGAGCACGGCUGCUCUGAAACUGGUGGCAGAGGCCUUCCCGUGGGUGUCCCCAAGCCAGGAGAGCAGCGGGAGUCGGUUCUGUUACCUCACUGACAGCCACACCUCUGUGGUGGGCAUGAGGAUGAUCGCCACAGCCAUGAACGUCACUUCUAUCCCUGUCAGGCCGGAGGAGAUGGAGUCAGCGGAGAAACGAGGGGCUGCUGCUGGUGACCCUGACUGCCAGCUUCCACAUCUCUUCUGUUACCCAGCUCAGAGUAACUUUUCUGGAACCAGAUACCCACUGUCCUGGAUAGGAGAGGUCAAGUCUGGGCGGAUGUGCCCCGUGAGUGCACCUGGGAAGUGGUUCGUGGUGCUGGACGCGGCCUCCUACGUGAGCACCUCGCCUUUGGACUUGUCGGUUCACCAGGCCGACUUUGUCCCCCUCUCCUUCUACAAGAUCUUUGGCUUCCCCACAGGCCUAGGGGCUCUACUGGUGCAUAAUCGUACAGCUCCUCUAUUAAGAAAAACCUACUUUGGAGGAGGCACAGCCGCCGCAUACCUUGCAGGAGAAGACUUCUACAUCCCAAGACAGUCAGUGGUGGAAAGGUUUGAAGAUGGCACCAUCUCGUUCCUUGAUGUGAUAGCGCUAAAACAUGGGUUUGAUGCCCUAGAGCGCCUCACAGGUGGAAUGGAGAAUAUAAAGCAGCACACCUUCACCCUGGCUCGGUACACCUACACCGCCCUGUCCUCUCUCCGGUACCCCAACGGAGCCCGUGUGGUGCGGAUUUACAGCGACUCUGAGUUUAGCAGCCCAGAGGUUCAGGGUCCAAUCAUCAAUUUUAAUGUGCUCGAUGAGAGUGGCAACGUCAUUGGUUAUUCCCAGGUGGAUAAAAUGGCUAGUCUUCAUAACAUCCACGUGCGAACUGGCUGCUUCUGUAACACUGGGGCCUGUCAAAGGCACCUGGGGAUAAGUGACGAGAUGGUCAAGAAGCAUCUUCAGGCUGGCCAUGUCUGUGGGGAUGAUGUAGACCUCAUAGAUGGGCAGCCCACAGGAUCUGUGAGGAUUUCAUUUGGAUACAUGUCUACGCUUGAGGAUGCCCAAGCCUUUCUCAGGUUCAUCAUAGCAACCCGACUGUGCCCGUCAGGUGGUCAUCCUAUCCCUCAGGCCACCCCUGGGGAGGCUGGAGCCCCACCAGCAGAGAGUGAGGCUCAGAACACCAUGACUGUCACCAUGGAUGGACAUAGUUCCUCACCUGAGGAAGACACUCGUCCAAACUCCAGGAUUUGGAAUGACUUGCCCACAGCUGUGGAUGCUGUGAGUUUGCACCCACCUGUGCUGAAGGCCACCAGGACCCAGCAGACCCCUUCAGGGAGAGCUGCAGGAGUUCUGGAUGGAGGCCUUGGGUCACAUGUCGUCACCAACCUUUACCUCUACCCAAUCAAAUCCUGUGCUGCAUUUGAGGUGACCAGAUGGCCUCUAGAAAAGCAAGGGCUGCUAUAUGAUCGUAGCUGGAUGGUUGUGAAUCACAACGGCAUUUGCCUGAGUCAGAAGCAGGAGCCCCGGCUCUGCCUGAUCCAGCCCUUCAUUGACCUGCAGCAAAGGAUCAUGGUCAUCAAAGCCAAAGGGAUGGAGCCUAUAGAGGUGCCUCUUGAGGAAAAUGGUGAACAGGCUCAGAUUUGCCAAAGCAAAGUCUGUACGGACAGGGUAAAUACUUCUGAUUGUGGAGAAAAAAUUUCAAGCUGGUUGUCAGAGUUCCUGGGCCGUCCAUGUCAUUUGAUCAAACAAAGUUCAAACUUUCAAAGAAAUGCGAAGAAACACGGCAAAGGUCAAUCUGCUGGUACAACAGCCACUCUUUCUCUGGUGAAUGAGGCCCAGUAUCUGCUGCUAAACAGAUCCAGUGUUUUGGAGCUUCAGCAGCAAUUAAAUGCCAGUGAUGAGAAUGGAAAAGAGAAAUUAUUCCCAAUGAAAGAUCUCAUCUCGCGUUUCCGUGCCAAUAUUAUUAUCAAUGGAACCAGUGCUUUUGAAGAAGAGAAAUGGGAUGAGAUUUCAAUUGGUCCUUUGCAUUUCCAGGUUUUGGGGCCUUGUCACAGAUGCCAGAUGAUUUGCAUUGACCAGAAAACUGGGCAGCGAAACCAAAAUGUUUUCCAAAAGCUUUCUGAGAGUCGAGAGAGAAAGGUGAACUUUGGAGUGUACCUGAUGCAUACAUCUUUGGAUUUAUCUUCUCCACGUUUCCUAUCUGUAGGAGCUCAAGUGCUCCCUGUGUUAAAAGAAAGCAUAGAAUGCCACGAUUUACCUGCUUCCAGGAAAUAUCAGGAUGUUAUCUCCUGAGAUGUUUUCAGCAUAAAUUAAAAUUUCUCUUUUAUAAGUA